AUGGAUCAGCGGUGGUAUGCUAUCACCGGCCAAUAUCUGAACAACGGUUUCAGCGGGGAAGAAUUCAAGAUGGAGGUUCUUAAUUUCGAGCUUUCAUUUCUGAUGUCGUUUCUUUCAUUUUUCAGAUUCGGAUCUUUUUCCACAGGAACGUGCACCUCCCGCCCUGUCAGCAGAGUCGUGGAAACCAAUGACAUGGUUGUGUUCGUGCAGACGCCGAUAAAUGGGUUUGCAAAGGUCGGGAUCGACAUGCUUGCGGGCUACCGUUGGGCUGCCAGUGGAGGUCAACAAAUCGUCAAAACGAAGCUGGGCAAAUAUGCCGGGAUAACGUAA